AUGAAGCGCAUCUUGCCAAAAGGCCUAAUUCGGCGCUCGACGACGACGGCUUCCGGCUCGAGCAGCCCCGACCAAACCGAUCAGUCGCCAGAGGCCAUUUUGCUCCGAGAAUUGACCACCUUCUGCGAAGUGAGCAAUAGCCCACAGAAUACGCAAGGAAAUGAGUUCGUUCACCUCCCUCUCAUCGUUGAGAGCGCCGAGUCGAGCCCCGCGGCCGCCAAAGAGGCUGCCGUGCGCAUUCGCAAAUACCUCUCCACCCCGAUCCAGACGCCGAACCAUGUCCAGUACAAUGCGAUCAUGUUGAUGCGCAUCCUCACCGACAACCCAGGUCACAGUUUCACCAAGAACUUUGACAGCAAAUUCGUCUCAACAAUCAAGGAUCUCUUGCGGAACGGGCGUGAUUGGCACGUGCAGCAUUACCUGCGCCAGUUUCUGCAUGGCCUCGAAACUACCAAGGCAAUGGACGAAUAUUUGCAACCGCUACUGGCGAUGUGGGCAAAGGAGAAGGCUAAGAGCCAACGCCAAUAUACCACCCCAUACCCUCCCAACUCAAUGGCACCAAUGGCGCCGCCACGGCCCCAGGUUCAGGCUCACCGACCACAAAACCAGCUUCCAGACCCUGGCGAGUUGGCUGCACGCAUCGAGGAAGCGAGGAACUCAGCCAAACUUCUCACCCAAUUCGUCCAGACUACCCCGCCAGUAGAGAUGGAAGGAAAUGAAUUGAUCAAGGAGUUUGUGGACCGUUGCCAGACCUCGUCACGUCUCAUUCAGGGCUACAUUCGUUGCAUCAACCCGGCACCAGAUGAGGCCACUCUCCUCACUCUAAUUGAGGCCAACGAUGAGAUUUCCGUCGCUAUUUCCGGACAGCAACGCGGCCUGUUGAAAGCGCGCAAGGCCCGCGGCUCGGCGGCCGCCUCGCCUGCUUCCCCUGCUUCCCCUGCCUCCUCCAACGACACAACUUCGGCUACGCUCAACCGUCCCUUUUCGUCGGAGUUCCCUCAAGAGCAACAGGGCCCACAGCCCGCAUCCACCCGACUAAGUGAGCUCCCGGCUCCAGCUGCCGCCAUGUCGGGUGCUCGCUCGGAAACGAACACAAACCAAAACACUACUAUACAGAGAUCCAAUACCGAACGGUCCGAAUACAAUUCGGCCGAUUUCGAAGUGCAGAAUCCCUUCGCCGACGACUUUGCCACGCACGACUCUGACAACGAGCGAAAUCCCGCUCAGCAGGGUGCGAAGGCGCAGGGCAGUCGUGUGCACUUCCCAGCUACAGAGCAAGAGCGUUGA